GCCACAAAAAAUGUUUUGGCAGCUCCCUUUGUCCCUCGUUACAUUUUUCAAAUGUUGGGAGGUAUCUGCAUUACUAGACUAUUAGUAGAACUAAGGAUUUUACAUCACAUAUUGCAAUGGACAGAAGUUGUGUGUGUUUGUGUGUGUGUGUGUUUGUGUGUGCACUAUAGGGUGUCAGGGAGUGUAUGCUACAGGAGACUCAUUCUAUCAGUUGGGAAGGAGAACCAAAAAGAGUGAGUUUGAAAAGUUCCCUCCCAGGCUGGGAAUAUCCCCUGAUAGUACAAUGGGAUGGCAUAGAGUAAAGACUACUUUGAAGCCAAUGAGGAAGUUACAGUUAUUUUUGUAACCAUGGAAGAGAACGCACCUGAGGCAGCUGCAGUGCCCCAAAUAAUGGAGUCCGUAAAGGAGAACCUGUGCUUCACCGGCUUUUUGAGGAAGAGGAAGGAUACUAUGAAAUUUACAUGGGCAAAAUAUUGGUUUAAGCUGCAAAAUACAACUCUGUAUUUCUAUACCCGUCGGGAGGCGCAUGAUUCAUCCCUGCGAGGCCAGUAUUACAUGGGCAAUGUGCAGUCUGUACGGAGAGUCUCAGUCACGGAUGUGGAAUAUCCUUUUGAGAUUGUCAUGAAAAACGGGAAACGGAAAAUACUUGCUGCAGACACAGCAGAUUUGCGUGAUGUGUGGAUGCAGUUUUUGUGGAAAUCGAUGCAGUUACCGGGGCCUGGCAGACAUAAUUCCUCUUGCACAUGGUACGACAUACCCAGUCUGGUGGAAAGAGUAAAUUUCGCAUCUGGUGAGGGACUAUACGAGGAAUUAAGCCCAGACAGCACCCUGUGUGAUGAUGUCUUUGGCAACUUAGACAAAUCCCCAUCUCUCCUUCAUUCUGCUGAUAAGGGGGGACAAUGCAGUAAUUCCAAGGACACAUUUAAUAAAGCACAGUUGCCUUGCUCCUCUGAUAAGGACCAGAACUGCAAUGAACAGCUGCCCCAUUCUCCAGUUUACUGCAAUAUGCCCAUUCUUUCUGCCCUUAACUUGAAAGAAGCCUUUAACACAGAACAGUUAAAUCCAAGUGACAACAAGGGAACCUUCAGCAGCUCACAGCCUCCUCAUCCCAUAGAUAGUGAGGUAACAGCACAGCAGGAUUUUUCAGAAAGUGAGAAUGAUUCAGACUAUGAAUAUGAUGUGCCCAGACCAGUUGGUGUAAAGAUACAAGAGAAAGGAACUAAAUCCUGCACAAAAAUUAACAACUGAAACUUCUGGAUUUGCCUGAAACCAGAUGGAAUGUCUGAGCUCCAGGAAUGCUGCCAGUGGAAUCGCAGUUUAUUCUCAGAAAAUGUCACAUUUCUCCAAAAAUUUGGGGUGAAUUAAUAAUCAACAUCCACCCCUUACCCUAUAAAAAGCAUGCUGUAUAUUUAGUACACUUCAUACCAAAGGUACAGGGAAAAUAAAUGGACACUCUUCUCACUGCAGAAUUGCCUAGGCCACACAUACAUUCAGUAGUAAAAUAACUUGUACCAGAAAUACCAGCUAGCAUUCCUGUGAGGAUGAACAUUAUUUCAGCUGUGAUCUAUUGCUGAAUUCCAGCACAUAAUGACAGCAUGUUUCAUUGGGUGCUGGGAUGUCUAGUUUCACUGAGCUCAGGUUUGAGUUUUGUACAAAGGAAUGAUUAGUAUAACCCUGAUGACCCAGUGGAUGAGCUGGUUAUUGACAGUAAAGGAGAACACUGACGCAUGCUGACAAAGACAAAGCACCUAUAGGAGACCUUUUCAGAGUCAACACUCAAACAACAAUAACAAAAUGUUUAAUGGGGUGCUUCUAUGUCUAGCUCCCCUUAGCUCAAGUUUGAGAUUUGUACAGAGGUUUAAGUAAUUACUGCAACCCUUAAAGCCUGGCAAUAGCAUUGUAGUGAGGUUACAUCCAGUGGCAAAUUUCCCUCGGCGGCACCCCUAGACCGCAUGUUCCUAGCGCCUGCCCGCCCACCUUUGUUUGCACCCCCAACAAGCUUGUGUGCACUGGGGAGCUGUGUCCUCUGUUUUCCUGCACAGUUUAAUGCUAAGGGGCAAAUUUCUUAAAGGGCAUAGUGGCUAAUGCUGGCAAAAUUCACAACGUUGCACUCUAACUCCAGGCGUAUUUUCGCUCUGUCGAAAGAGUGUUGUAAGCAAAUUCAAUUUUGCUUUUACUGAACGUUACCUCUAUCGGCAGACUUGCCUUCGCCACCUCAGACCAGGCGAAGUGCAAUAGAGUAAACA